AGGAGUGCACAUAUUUAUAUAGGGGAUUUUUUUUUUUUUGCAUGUAUUUAUAUAGGGGAUUAAUUGUUUUUAAAACAUUUAAUACUAUUAUAUAGAGGAUUAAAUGUUUUUAUGCAGAAUAUUAUGCACUCCUCUAAUAGUACUAUCUCAAGAAAACACUUCUAAAAAAGGCAAAUCUCCUUCCUCAAAGUUCAUUUGUAAAGGAAAAUUUCUUUACAUCUCUCUUCAUGGUUUUACUGCGACAAGUGACAUUUCCUUUUUGGGUUUAUGUGUGCUCCAUUUUUUUUUUUUUGGGUGAUCUUAUAUUAGUUUGCUUCAUUUCUUGAUUAUAUACGUGUAGUUAGAACAAGACAUGCAACAAUUUCAGCAUUACUAUAAGUCAGGAACAUGUACAAUACAAAAUAGGUUCCCUCAAGGAGUUACAUCAACCAAUACCGUCAGCCAUAAAUAUUCAUUCUCUAAACCAAAAUCAAAAGCUGAGGCCAAACAAGUUGCUGCAAAGAAACACAGUGAGGCAGAGAGGAGACAUAGGAUGCGAAUCUAUGGUCAAUACACCACUCUGCGUGAUAUCCUCCCAAAUUUAGUCAAAAUAGGUAUAAAGAUUCAUACAAAUAGUAACUUCAUCAACUCUGUUUCUUCGAUCUUCGUUAUUAGCAUCAAAACUUGUAAAAAUUAAAGUGGUAAAUUGUGAUUAGAGUAAGUAGUUUUUAGGACACAAUUACUGAAGUGGUAAAUUGUGAUUAGAGUAAUAUUAUUUUCAUAUAGCUUCGUCAUUGAUUCAUUAACACAAUAUUUAUUAGCACUAAUCUCAUGUUAUCACAAGAGUUGUAAUUUUUUUUGUAAUCCUUUUUUUCUUAUUGUUGGGUAAUUUUACAAACAAUAGAUGGACAAGGCGACCGUGCUUGCAGAGACGGUCUGGCAAGUAAGGGAGUUGAGGAAGACUGUUCCGGAUUUGGAAGGUGUUUGUGGUGGUAGCAGUAAGGAUUGUGUGUUCCCUGGAGGGGCUGACAAGUUGAGUUUGGAAAACGGUGACGGUGACAAUGACCAGGGGCUGGUCAAGGUCACAUUUAGCUGUGAGGAUAGGCCAGGGUUGAUAUCAGCCGUGGCAAGGACACUGAGGUCUAUGAAAGGGAGGGUGGUAAAGUUUGAGAUGGUAACACUAGGUGGAAGGACUAAAAGUGUGUUGUGGGUUCAAGGGCUGAGUGGGGGCAAUGAAGGGAUUGGAAUGCUAAGAAGAGCUUUGAAGGUGGUCAUUGACAGGCUCAACUUGCCAGGGAUUAGCAAGAGGUCACGGCUCGCUUGAUGAUUAUAAGUUUUUUGGGUCUGAGGUAAAUUGUGUGGAAUCAGGGAGGGGGGAUUGUAUCAAUUAUAAGACUGAAAAAAAAAUAUAUAAAAAAAAUAAAAUAAAUAAGGUUAAGAUUGUAGGUAUAGGGGAUUCAGACAUGGUAGCUAGCUAUAGGAUUUCAUUAGGAGGCAUUAUAAUGUAUAUCUGGUUUGACAUGGUUUAACUUACCAUAUACUUACCUUCGGUUAUAGGAAAAUACCUUUAGAUUAUACAUGAACCAUGAAGCCCACAGCUAUAAAGAUUCAUUGUUUAAAAGGCUAUGAUAAUAGAUUACUAAUGAAAAAUAUGCUAGUUUCUUAUUUUCAAUGAUUGAAUUUUUAUCUCUUGUUUCAAUCCUCCUUCCUUCUUUAUUUCAAAGUAAAGUAUUGUCAUACAAAACACACCCAUAUUUUGUUCUGGUAAAAAUUAAAAUUAAAUGUUCCAUGCUUUGUUAAUUUUAAGUUUGACAGAAAUCACCUUGAUAAAGAAUUGAAAAUUUAUAUUACUAUUAGAGGAGUGCACGUAUUUAUAUAGGGGGUUAAAUGUUUUUAUUACUAUAAUAAUUAAAUUGAGCAGAAAAAAAAAAAGUAUAAAUAAAAUAAAUAAAUAAA